GUUCUCCGCUGAGUUCAGAAUUCAGAAUUCCACAACAACGGCGAGAAGUCCAAGCAAUCGGAAGUGUUGCGUCUUUGUUUUGGAGCAGUGUUACUGAAAAUUCAAAGUGCAAAGAUAAGCGCGGCUUGACCUGGGAUCGGCUUUAAGCAAUGGGGAUAUUCAAUUUAACUGCGUUAUGGCUUGUUCUAAUGCUUUGGCUACCCCAUGGACUAUCCAUGGGAAAUAGUUGUUCGGCUUCAGUCCUAGAGGCCCGCAGGUUCUUCGAGUUGGAGAAUGAACAAUUGCGUAGACGUUUUCACGAGGAGUUCUUGUCCGGCUAUACAUAUAAUACUAAUGUUUCGGAGGCAAAUCGUCAGGCCAUGAUCGAGGUUUAUGCUCGGAAUGCGGGGCUUAAUAAACGUCUGGCCGAAAGGAUAAAGGUCUCCGAUUACGUUCAGUCCGAGGAUGCAGACAUACGUCGACAGGCCGAGCACCUCUCCAAACUGGGAGCCUCCGCCCUAAGUCCCGACGACUACUUGGCCCUGCAAAAUGCCAUCAGUUCGAUGCAGACGAACUACGCCACCGUCACAGUGUGUUCCUAUACAAACCGCAGUGAUUGCUCUCUUGCUCUGGAGCCACACAUCCAGGAGCGCUUGUCACACAGCCGGGAUCCUGAGGAGCUGUCCUGGUACUGGCGGGAGUGGUACGAUAAGUCCGGAACCCCCAUGCGGGAUCACUUCGCCGAGUACGUGCGUCUCACGCGCAAGGCUUCACAAUUGAAUGGUCACCGUUCCUAUGCGGAUUAUUGGGUGCAGUUUUAUGAGGACGCGGACUUUGAAAGACAACUUGAUGCUACAUUCAAGCAGCUGCUGCCCUUCUACAGACAACUUCACGGCUACGUGCGCUUCCGCCUGCGACAGCACUACGGUCCGGAUGUGAUGCCAGUGGAGGGGAACAUCCCAAUAAGCCUGCUGGGCAACAUGUGGGGUCAAUCGUGGAACGAGCUACUCGGUCUCUUCACUCCGUAUCCGGAGAAGCCUUUUGUGGACGUUAAGGUUGAGAUGGAACGGCAGGGAUACACGGUGAAGAAGCUAUUUGAGCUGGGCGAUCAAUUCUUCCAGUCGCUCGGAAUGCUCGCCCUGCCACCCAGUUUCUGGAAUCUAAGUGUGCUCACCCGUCCCGACGAUCGUCAGGUGGUUUGCCAUGCCUCCGCCUGGGACUUUUACCAAGACAGAGAUGUCAGAAUAAAGAUGUGCACGGAAAUCGACAACCAUUACUUUUAUGUAGUGCAUCAUGAGCUAGGACACAUCCAAUACUACCUGCAAUACGAACAGCAGCCGGCUGUCUAUCGGGGAGCUCCCAAUCCUGGCUUCCACGAAGCCGUUGGCGAUUUGAUAGCCCUGUCUGUGAUGUCCCCGAAGCACUUGAAAGCAAUUGGACUGAUAGAUAAUGGUAGACUGGACGAGAAGAGUCGAAUUAAUCAGUUGUUCAAGCAGGCUCUCUCCAAGAUUGUCUUCCUGCCCUUCGGCUAUGCCGUGGAUAAGUAUCGCUAUGCUGUUUUUCGCAAUGAACUAGAUGAAUCGCAAUGGAACUGCGGCUUCUGGCAGAUGCGAUCCGAGUUUGGUGGCGUCGAGCCACCAGUUUUCCGCACCGAAAAAGACUUUGACCCGCCGGCCAAGUACCACAUUGAUGCGGAUGUUGAAUACCUCCGUUAUUUUGCCGCCCACAUCUUCCAGUUCCAGUUCCACAAAGCCCUAUGCCGCCAGGCCGGACAAUAUGCUCCUAAUGACAGUCGCCUUACUUUGGACAACUGUGAUAUCUUUGGCAGCAAAGCGGCUGGAAGAUCUUUAAGCCAGUUCCUCUCCAAGGGCAACUCCCGGCACUGGAAGGUAGUUCUCCAGGAGUUCACGGGAGAGACGGAAAUGGACCCAGCGGCACUCUUAGAGUAUUUUGACCCCCUAUACCAAUGGCUCAAGCAGGAGAACAGACGGUUGAACGUCCCACUAGGUUGGGGACAUACAGACAAGAUCCCCUCGGAUUGCUGUGGAACAUUUAGCACAUAGAUUACGCUACCUAGAUUUUGACUUAAGGUUGUUGAGACCCACAAAGAAAUAUACUAAGUCUGUCAUAAAAAAAAGAAAUUUUAAUUAAUAGCAAAUUCGAGCUAUGAAUUUUAAAUUGAUAUUUAUUGUAUCGAUAAUUACAUUAUAUUUUUUUUUGGUAUUAUCAACACAA